AUGUUUCCGGAUUCUGACAAAUGUGAAGAGUUUCCGAAAACGGAGUCAGAAUUUCUUAGUGCGCCUAGUGAAAAUGAACUUUCGUUAAGCAUUAAUUCUAAGGCUUUAAGUGAUGUGCCCAGUGAUAUAAUUAUUAAAUCAAAAAUCAAAUAUGGCAGUCGUUGGGAUGCUUUUAAGGGCUUAUUAGCGGAGUAUUCGAAAAGCACUUCAAUUCACGGUAUACGUUAUAUUUUCGAAAUUCAUAGACCAUUCUAUGAAAAAAUUUAUUGGAUUGUACUCAUGUUGAUUUCAUUAUACUUUGCCACUUCUUUAAUACGCGAAAGUUAUUUGAAAUGGAUGGAUUCACCAGUCAUAGUAGGCUUUGAUGAGACGCUAGUACCCGUCCACAAAAUUCCUUUUCCCACAAUCACUAUAUGCCCCGAGAUUAAAAUGGAGACGGAAGUGUUUGACUUUGCGAACAUAUCACAGCAGAUCUGGUCGGAGAUUGAAAAAUAUCAACAAUUCGAAAAUCUAUCGAACAUAACCGAUGAAGAUUUACAGCGAUUUCUAGCCACUUUGCAAACAUGUGAGAGCGAAGUUUUUGAUCGCUUUGCGCCUUAUAUGCCGAAGAAUUUAAUCUUUGAUGUUCCACAAAAUUUAUUGGAUUUAGCCGUAAGAACUAACGUAACGAUGCUAUUUGGUAAAUGGAAUGGACGCUUUUACUUUUGCAGCAAUCUCUUCAAAUAUGUUUUAACAGACGAAGGAGUUUGCUACCAGUUUAAUGGAUUGGAUGUAGAGGAUAUGUACAGAGAAUUAGAUUACAUACCGCAAGCGGACAGAACUAAAAUUGAUUACAAUAAUUAUUUUGACGGUGAAUUACCACCUUUUAAUAAUAUUACCGGCGCUUGGUCGUUAGAUAAUGGCUAUGUAGGUCAAGGCUUCAAUUCGUAUCCGCAACGUAUGGUACUUACGUCAUCACGUAAUGGCUUAGUUGUCAUCCUAAAUGGUUUCGAGCACAAUUUUGAUUAUAGCUGUCGCAACUUCAAACAGGGUUAUAAGGUUUUUCUAAAUUCUCCUGAGAGUAUACCGUUAACGACUGGAAACUAUAUAUUGGUGCCACAUAACGAUGAAGUGCUCGUUAGCAUAAUACCUCAUUAUGUCAUGUCCGCGAAAAAUUUACAUGAUAUUGAGCCGAAAAAACGUCAAUGUUUUUUCAACGAUGAGAGAUAUUUGCGUUAUUUCAAAUCAUACUCGCAGAAUAAUUGCCAAAUUGAAUGUUUGGUUAAUUAUACCAUAAGUAAAUGUGGUUGCGUAAAAUAUUGGAUGCCAAAACCUACCGCUAUUCCAUUUUGUAGCCUUGAAGAUGUCUUCUGCUAUACAAAUGCUGAAGAAGAAAUGAUUUUAAAAAUUCAAAAUCAAACUAAUGCAAAAAUCAAAGAUGAUAAUGUGAAAGUAAUGUGUGACUGCAUGCCAUCAUGUAAUUCGUUAGAUUAUGAUUUUGAAAUUUCGGCAUCGUAUUAUAAUAUGGAAAAGACCAUAAUAGCAUGGCGCGAAACAUACGAGCACAGCGACUCGCGCACAGCUCGGCUUAUUGUAUAUUUUCGAGAACCACAAUUUACUGCGAUUAAACGUACGAUUAUGUUUAGCAUUUCCACACUAAUCGCGAACUGUGGUGGUAUCUUUGGUCUAUUUAUGGGUAUCUCCAGUUUGAGUAUAAUUGAGUUCGUUUAUUUCUUCACAAUGCGUCUGUUCAGCAAUUUGCGUCAACGUCGUUUAAUUAAGAAAAAACUUUUUCAACAAGAUUGA